GACUAAUGUGCAACCGAUUAAUACUUAACAUAUUAUAUUAUAACAAUUAUUGUUAACGAAUAAACGCGAUAUCGGUAUUAUACUGUUAUUAGGUAUAGUCGGUUUGCCACUGGCAUGUCUGUCGUCAUUAGCAGACUGGCAGGCCGCGCGGUAACGUCAACGCGAAUAGCUGUACUUAAGCAUUGCCACGGUCAAAAUCUUCAUCUACUACAGGCUACAUCGACUGCUGCUAACAUGAGCAACUUAUCACACGUGUCCACGGUGUUGGCACCAAAACCCGUGGGAGCUUACAGUCAAGCAGUCAUAUACGGCGAUACACUGUACGUGUCAGGAUCUUUAGGACUGGAUCCAAGUUCGGGCAAGUUGGUGGAAGGAGGAGCUGGUGCUGAAACCACUAAAGCUCUGGAGAACAUCCAACGUAUCUUAGAGGUUUCACAAUCGUCUUUUGCCUCAGUUGUUAAGACCACAGUUCUUUUGGCUGACAUAAAAGAUGGGCCGACGGUAAACGAGAUUUACAAACAAUUUUUCGUCGCACCGUAUCCGGCCAGAGCUAUGUUUCAAGUUGCCAGUCUCCCUUUGGGUGCCAAAGUGGAAAUAGAAGUGGUAGCUGCAGUUAACAAGUGACCACAGUAAAAAAGCCUCUUAUAUAUACAUAUUAUAUUUUUUUAUUAUAAUUUUUUUUUUUAAUAUAAAAUUCAAUAAGCAACGAAAAUAAUCUAAGUU